AUGGAGUCCAUGUUUCAUUUGCUGCAACUUUUAGCGAUAUUUUCGUCUUUAAAGAUCAUUAAAUCUCAAUGCACUGACGAGGACAGUUGUAAUUGCCAUUGUCAAUUUCCUUGUUCGCGCACUUGUUCGAGUUGUGCAAUGGGGUGGAGCGGCACAACAUCUAAUUAUUGUCAGAGAAAAAACAUCGCCUAUGGAAUAUCAGCAAUUUCAACGUCGACCGAAACAUACCAGGAAAUAGAGAGGCCUGCAAAUAACGCCGUGGACGAAGAUUCUGAUACAUAUGCUUUGACAAAAUCCGAAACAAACCCUCAGCUGACGGUGACAUUGGCCGAUACAUACAAAAUAGGACACAUUUACAUCAGCUUAACAAUAGAGGCUACUUCCCCUUACUACGUGUACGUCACAAAUUCGACGUCACUAUCCUUGUCUGACGACAUGUUGUGUACGGUGUUCUACAGGACUACCAGGAAUAGAUACAACGUAAAAUUGAAAUGUAACAACAACGGGAUUUUGACUGGGAACCAAGUUGUAAUUAUGAGAGAUACCUACAAUGGAAGGCUUCAAGUGUUUGAGAUUAAAGUGUAUCAAUGCAGCUUAGGAACAUAUGGCUCCUUAUGUGAGAAUGAGUGCCGAAAUUGUCAAGGCAACAGGUGUGAUGGAAACACGGGUAUCUGUCAAUCAAGUUGUUCCCAUGGGUGGUAUGGAGAAAAAUGUGAUAGGAAAUGUUCUUCUAAUUGUGAAACCUCGUUUUGUGAUUCAGUUCUAGGAUGUACUUACUGCUUGUCUGGCCACCGUGGACCUGACUGCGAACUGUGUGAAAGAAAUACUUUUGGCAAAAACUGUAGUUUGACUUGUAAAAAUUGUCAAGACUGUGAUCCUGUCCUGGGUUGCAAGGAAUGCAUUUCUGGUUUCCACGGACUUGAUUGCAACCUUUCUUGUCCACAGGGUUGCAGAAAUCAAAAAUGUGAUCGGAUAUCUGAACAUUGCAGAAACGGGUGUAACGAUGGAUUUUGGGGAGAAACUUGUGAAACAUCCUGCAAAGACACAUGCGGUGGAAAUAAAACAUGCUAUAGGGACAAUGGCCACUGUUUUGAGUGCAGUCCUGGUAAACUUGGUCCGUACUGUUUAGAAUCCUGCGAUUUCCGUGCCGGGAGUUGUAACGGACAAAUAUUCGAAGCAUUACUUAAACGUAAGUUAGAACACUUUCAAAUGAUUCGAUAUUAUUUCAUUUACAACAAGUCAUUUAAUUUGCAAUUGAUUGUUUUUGAUGCCAGUGAUUUCUAAUUAGGAAAAAAGCAUCACACACAUAUUAAGAUAUACGUGAACAUCGUUCAAGAAUCCACUUUUUCUAUAUAUAUCAUCGCUCAUGUACGGACUGAAGUAUUCGACCAUAGUCGAAUUUUUCAAUUAAAAAAACGCGUGGUAUUUGAUGUUUGAAUAAAAGAGGCAAGAAGAGGCUAAAGAGAAAAAAAAAGAUAAAUAAGGUAAGUACAUGUAUUUAUUUCAACAAAAAAUGUUACAGGCAUUUAAACAUUAAAACUUACAAGUAAGAACGGGAUAAACUUUUACGUAGAGGACCACAACUCAAUGUUUUAACUAGAAAUACUAUAUCAAUAGUCCUGAAACCUCGGGUAGGCUUUAACCGGCGUUUGACUGGAAAUAUACCAAACUCUGAACUCAAUAAAAUCUGGUAAUGGUAUUCAAUUCCUUGAAAUUAAGUGAAAAUGUCGUCAUGGAUGCCUCUAAGAAAGUGGAAAACCUUUUUCUAGAGUAAAUACAGGGUGUCUCCUUGGUUACCUUAUUUCACCAAAAAUGUUUCUGAAUGGUCUGAAGUUUCAGCCGUUUUAAAACAGACUAA